AUGAGAGUAGCUUUCCUUCAUCCAGAUCUCGGUAUUGGCGGUGCAGAACGUCUCGUUGUGGAUGCUGCGCUUGGGUUGCAGGGGUUAGGCCAUUCUGUCGACAUUUACACCUCCCACCACGACCCUAGCCACUGCUUUGAAGAGACCAGGGAUGGAAGCCUUUCCGUCUUCAAUGUCAAACCUCCUGUUCCCCGUGCCCUAAAGGGAAAAUUCCAUAUCUUCUUUGCACACGCUAGACAACUGCACCUUACGACCCACAUUCUCUUAUCUUCAUCUCCAAAGUACGAUGUAUUCUUCGUCGACCAAUUAUCGACGUGUAUACCUUUCCUUCGCAUGCUGGGCAAGACUAGAGUCGUAUUCUACUGCCAUUUUCCGGACAAGCUGCUUGCAAAUGGCGCGUUCAUCGAAGGGUCAGCGAUGCUGCAGCAGGGAAGCCUGCUAAAGAGGAUUUACCGGUUCCCGAUGGAUUGGUGGGAAGAAAUAACGACUCGUCAAGCGGACAUAAUACUGGCCAACUCUCGUUUUACUGCGCGUGUAUUCAAGUCAUAUUUUCCCUCCAUAUCCAAGACCCCAAGGGUAGUGUAUCCAGGUAUCAACAUUGCUGCGUAUGAGGCUGCGGUUGAUACCUCGGAUCCUGACGUCAUUGCCAUAGCUUCCGACCGUCCUACCUUUAUCUCUUUGAAUCGAUUCGAGAAGAAGAAGAACGCAGCGCUAGCCAUUGAAUCUUUUGCCCAGGCCCUACCUAGCCUUGCGCGCAGUACUCGCCUGGUCAUAGCUGGAGGAUAUGAUCCUCGGCUUGAAGAUAACAUGCUCACUCUAUAUUCCUUGAUCGACCUUGCCAAGAAACAUGGCUUGAGAUACGAUGUGAUCACUCCCUCCAACCCCAACGCAGUUCAAAUCCCCCCUCUCAACACCACUCGUCAGAACCCUGACGUUUUGUUCUUGCUCAACUUCAGUACUGCUCAACGUUCCUGGCUGCUGAAGAGUUUAUUAACGAAGGCUCUGCUCUAUACACCGGCAAAUGAGCACUUUGGCAUUGUUCCUGUAGAAGCUAUGAUUUGCGGUCUACCGGUAUUAGCGUGCAAUAAUGGUGGACCCGUCGAAAGUGUUGUGGAUGGACCGGCGGAUCAGCGUACAGGCUGGUUGUGCGCUCCUCAAGCAGACCUUUGGGCAGAAGUGUUAAAGGAGAUCGAUAGCUUGGGUGAGGCAGACAGGAGUGCUAUUUCGAAGAGGGCGAGGGAACGAGCGAGGCAUGUUUUCAGCAUGGACGCGAUGUCUCUGUCGAUAGAAGAAUCCCUGAAAAAAGCAGUUGCGAUGGGAGAAUCGGGGAUUGGUCGGGGCUGGGAACUCUUCGGGGCGAUGUUGAUAGGUUUUCUGUUUGCUUACCUCCUUGGCCCAUGGUUAAUCUGA